AUGCUUGCUCUUGGGCCAUGUCGCGUGUGCCACACAAGUCGACCGGUCCACCCGUCAAACGCAGUCGCUCGCCGGGUGAGUGUGCUACGCUCCCCGGACGUGGCGUACGCACGGACGCCCUGGAGCACUUCGAUGGUGAUGCUGACGUGGGCGUUGAUGGCGCUGAGACCCUGGCGUCGCGUUGGCGCUCUACGCGGCGUGCACAUGGGCCACGUCGUGUCCCAAAUCGCUCCCUGCUUCGCGCUGUCCGGUGCUUUGCAGAGCUCCAGCGUGCUAUUUCUGCUGCUACUUUUGGGGCGAUCAGUAGAGCAGCGUUUGGGAGGGCCCUUCUUUUUGACCACCUAUCUUUUGGGACUCUUGCUGGCAUCGAUUGCGACCUUAAACCUUUGCCCAUGCAACGCCUUUGUGGUGGCAACCGGUGCCCUCCUCAGCCUUUUCGUGGUCACGGCGCGGAUCCUAGAGAUCACCGCCGUGAAGCACGCGGAGCCCUUGCCAGGAUGCAGCAGCAUCACCUUCUGGACCAAUCGUUGGAGGCUGCUUCUAUCGCUGGGCAUUUUCCAGUUUUUCUUGGUGAACCUCUUCUCUUGGCGCUCCUGGCAUCAGUUGCUCCUUGCUGCAGCCUCUGCUCUGGGACCCUAUGUGGUUUGGAAGCGAUUCGUGGAUGAUGGGAGGUCCAAGCUGGAUCUGAAGAAAGGCGGUGACCAGAUCCUCGACACUGUGGAAGGUUGGCUGGGGGCCCAGGAGAGCCAACUGGACGCCGCCCUGAAGGUAGCAGACACUGCUGCGGACCUCACUGGCAAGGAACAGGAGUCGAAGGGCUUCUUGGGCGCCAUGACGGACGGUCUGGGCGCCUGGCGGCAGCUCCGGCAAGGCGCCCGGCAGCGCUUGGACGAAGGCCUCGAUGCACUGGCCAGUGAAGAAGAUGAGAAUCCCCCAGUCACCGGCACUCUGUCGCUCACCACACUCAUGCUGGCUUUGACCUUGCUGGAUGUCGCUCACACGAAGGCUGGCAGAGUGCUGGGUGGCUUCCUUUGGCCUGACCUGCCGUCUUUGAGCUGUGGGAUCUUCUUGCUUCUGCUGCUGGGUCGAGCCAUUGAAUCGCGUCUCGGUCCCAGCACUUUGCUGCUCGCAUAUCUCUUCAGUUCAUCAGCUGUUCUUCUGCUGUGCAGAACAGCCCCUCUGGGCCUCGCGCCUGCCGCGGGGCUCGGUGCUUUGCUUCUACUGGGAUUGAGCCCCCGCUGGAAACGACCGAAGGUGAAAAGUCUUGGCACUCGAGGGAUAGAGGUACUGGUGCUGUGCUACUUCAUGGCUGUUUGGGCCGUGCACUACUUUCCCAACACCGUGCAGCUGAACUCCCUGCGCAGCCCGAGACUUCCGGCCUGGUCUGCUGCACUGGCCGCUGCUGCGCUGGGCGCGCUGGGCGCUGCCCUCACCGCGCAGCUACUGCGAAGCCUGGGGAGUCGACUGCAAGAGUGGCGCAGCCGUGCCAUGCGCAGGCGGCGAGCCAAGCAGUGA